CGGAGCGCCGCGCUGGCCUGCGCGCUGUCGGGCGGCUUCUACGUGGCGCUGCGCCUCUUCAGUCUCGAGCCGGUCGCUCCGCAGCGCGCCCAGCUGGUGGUGCAGCCGCGCGGGAACCCCUCCCGCAUCGCCCACCGCGGCGCCGGGCACGACGCGCCCGAGAACACGCUGGCUGCCAUCCGGCAGGCAGCUGAGAAUGGAGCAACAGGUGUGGAACUCGACCUUGAAUUCACGGCUGAUGGAAUUCCUAUCCUGAUGCACGAUAGCACGGUGGACAGGACCACCGAUGGCUCUGGAAGCUUACGUGCUUUGACCUUUGCUGAGAUUCGACAGUUUAAUCCAGCUGCUAAACAUAGAUUAUGGAGGGAUUACCGUGGGGAAAAAAUACCAACUCUAAAAGAAGCUGUUUUGGAAAGUUUGCAACAUGACCUCAUCAUCUACUUUGAUGUCAAGGGGCACGCAGAUCAGGCAGUUGCAGCCCUGAAACAUCUCUACCUGGAAUAUCCCCGGCUGUACAAUACCAGUGUCGUUUGUUCAUUUAUGCCAGAUGUUAUCUAUAAGAUGAGGCAAGCUGAUAGAAAUGUCAUAACGGCUCUGACCCACCGACCGUGGAGCUUCAGUCAUUUCGGGGAUGGGAGGCCUCGCUAUACAUCUUUAUGGAAACACUAUUUGUUUAUGGCCCUUGAUGUUAUCAUGGACUGGAGCAUGCACAACUUCCUCUGGCAUUUAUGUGGCAUUUCUGUUUUUCUGAUACAGAAAAAUUAUGUUUCACAGGACUAUAUAAAUCGGUGGUCUUCUAAAGGAGUUCACGUUGUUGCUUGGACCGUCAACUCACUUGCUGAAAAAAUGUAUUAUGAAAAUGUUCUCCAGGCAAGCUAUAUUACCGACAGCUUACUAGAGGAUUGUGACCCUCAUUACUAGCUUGAUCUUCUACUGCUUAUUGGCUUCAUUAGUCAACUAAAGUUCAUCAGCAGUGGAACUUUAUGAUUUUAUUUCACGAAGGCUGCAUUGCUUCCCUCGGGGGUAAAAAAAAUUACAUUUCAGAUUGCACCAAAGUCUCUUCUUUUUGCUUAGAUUGAGAUUUCUCAUUACUAUCACUUUUCAUCCAAGAAAGAAUUAGUAUUUUUAAUCAAGUAGGCACGUGCAGCUUAAAUGGAAAAAAUUAUUUGCUACAAGUGAGCUGUACAAGACUAAGGGGGUUGGGAAAUUAACUUUUUGGAAAAUUCUUGAAUGUUCCAUUCUGCCCCUGGACCACCCGAAACCUCUGCUGGUCCAUGCUGCUUGGGUGGUUCCCCAGAAUUAAAUCCUCUAAACCAGAAGUGGUUUCAAGGUGUUCUGGGGGUAUCCUGGCCCCCAAACAGUCCUGUUUUGUCCAGGACACCAGUUCAGAGAAAUGGUCAACUACCCCAGUCAGCAUAGUUGAAAGAGAGAAUGGAACAUUCUACCGUUUUUCCAGUGUUCUAUUCCUAAACCUGUGAUUUUUGCACAUUUCUGGUACACGGCAUACAGUAAUGGCUGAUUUAUACUCAAUCAAAACAAAAUCAAAACAACCAGCUAGACUGACAAAACGUUUAGCCUUCACAAAUUACUGGCAUGACUUGAAAUGUUAGUCUGUACUUACAAAGAACAAUACAGGCAGUCCUCAUUCAGCAAUGGUUUGAAGUUACGACAGUGCUGAACAAAUGGUGGCUAUGACCUGUCCUCGGAGUUCCGUCCAUUCCAGCACCCCCACCGUCUUGUGAUUGCAGUCUGGGUGCUUGGCAACUGGUUUGCACUUAGGACUGGUUGCAGUGCCCUGCAAUCAUGUGAUCACCAUUUGCAACCU